CUGGUGGCGGUAAAGACCUGAUUCAAUGUGUAAAGAAGAAGAAGAAGUAGCUAAGACGUGAUCCUAGCAACGUUAGCUUUCCUUCUGCUUGCAGUCAUUCUGCGGAUUUUGAUCCAUUUAUGGGCUGAAUAUCUGUUUGCAGUCAGAAUGUCUUCGAUCAAUCUUCAACGAGAGUUGAGCAACGAGCAGGAAACUUCUGCUGACGAAACAUUGACAGAGUUUAAUGGAACCGUGAAGAAGGAGGAAGAGGUAAAUGGUUGGGACAGCCAAACGCCCCGGACCGCAUUACACCGAACUGAUGAUUUGCAGAAUUACAUUUGGAAAGAAGAGGAGGAUCCCUCUGACCAGCAGCUCUGCAAAAAGGAGACGGAUUCCAGUUUGGACCAGAAGGAUUUAGAACCUCUGCAGAUAAAAGAAGAGCAUCAAGAACCAGAACAUCCCUGGACUAAAGAGGAACCUUUAGAGCUCUGCAUAAGUAAGCAGGAAGAGCAACUUGAACUGAAGCAGGAGAAUGAAGAUACAUCAAUAGUGAGUCCAGCUCAUGAAGACAAGUACCACAUUAAACCAGAACCACUUGUGGACCAAGUUGUCUCUCAGGUUUAUAAUCAAACUGAGCUCCAGGAUUGCGAAGGAAAUCCUAAUAAAAUCUCAGGAUCACAGCAAGAUGAAGGGCGGAAACAAAACAAGAGUCAUCAGAAAACCAUGAAGGGCAACAACUGUGUCAACAAUUCAAAAUGCAAAACGGACAAGAAAGCACGCACAGGAGCCGCUGUGUAUUCUUGUAAAAUAUGUGGUGAGGCUUUUAGUGAAAGUAGUAACUUGACUCAGCACUUGAAAAGUCACAAAGGUGAGAAGCGUUUUCAGUGUACGUGUGGAAAGAGUUUUACAAAACAAGGAAAUUUAACAGCGCACAUGAGAAUUCACACAGGUGAGAAGCCCUUUUCCUGUAACACCUGUGAAAAAACGUUCAGAUUGAAACAUUCAUUAAAUAAACACAUGAGGAUUCACUCGGGUGUGAGGCCGUUUAAAUGUCUGUCCUGUGGAAAAAGCUUCAUCACAAAACCUGCUUAUGUUAAACAUGUCAGAAUUCACACAGGUGAGAAGCCUUUCUCUUGCACCAUUUGUGGCAAGAGUUUUAUUGACAAAGGUCACUUGACUAAUCACUUGAGGACUCACACAGAUGAAAAACCUUUCCCCUGUAACUCCUGUGAAAAAACUUUCAGAUCUAAAUAUUCAUUAAUUGAACACAUGACAGUUCACACAGGUGUGAAACCCUUUUCGUGUGAGACUUGUGGACAAGGAUUUAUUAAAAAACGUCAGUUAAUAGUUCACAUGGGACGUCACACAGGUGUGAACCCGUAUUUGUGUGUCAUCUGUGGUAAAGCGUUCAGCCACAGCGGUAGUUUAAAAACUCACUUUGUAACGCACACAAAUGAGGAGUCGCACUGUGUGACAUGUGGAAAACGUUUCAUAAGCAAAACAGGUUUAACACGUCACAUGAGAAUUCACACAGGUGAGAACCUUUUCAAAUGUCAGUUCUGUGGAAAAGGCUUCACUCAGAAAUCUUUUCUGGAUGACCACGUCAGAAUUCACACAGGUGAGAAGCCUUUCACGUGUGUGAUUUGUCUCAAAAGUUUUGCUCGAAAAGUUAAUUUGACUGAUCACAUGAGAAGUCACACAGAUGAAAAGGUGUUUUCCUGUCAUGCUUGUGAAAAAAGCUACAGAUCCAAACCAUCAUUGAACAAACACAUGAAAAUUCACACAGGUGAGAAGCCUUUUUUGUGCCACACCUGUGGAAAAAGCUUUGUUACAAAGUCCGAAUGUAAUAAACACAUGAAAAUUCACACUGGGGAGAAGCCUUUUGUGUGCAACACUUGUGGAAAAAGCUUUGCCGCAAGCUCUGAUUGCAACAAGCAUAUUAGAAUUCACACAGGUGAGAAGCCUUACUCUUGUACCGUUUGUGGUAAGCGUUUUACUCUAAAAGCUUAUUUGCCUCAACACAUGAUGAUUCACACAAAUGAAAGGCCUUUUCGCUGUAAUACCUGUGAAAAAACUUUCAAAAGAAAAGAUUCACUGAAUAAACAUGAGCGUUUACACAGGUGAUAAGCCCCUUUUGUGCAGGACCUGUCAUUAUGUAAAUAUCAAACAUAGCUUUAAAGAAAUUUGACUUUACAAUGUGAUGUCUUGAAAAUGACAUCUGUCUCUUUAAGAAGCUCCUACGCCUUCCAGUAGAAAAUAUUAACUUUAUGCUGUUUACAAACCAUCUUAGGAGUGUUGGACUAAAGAAGUUCAUAUAAGCUCAGCCUACAAGCAGUUCCACCAGGUGUUUGCUAAUUGCUGCUGCCACUAGUCUACAGGAGCAGAAGCACAUAUCGAGAAAGUAGACUUUAUGGAAGUAGGUGGCACUUUAUGAUAGCAAGUGUUUAGGUACCCCUGAAGAUUAAAUGAUUUCUCAAACAUGCAUGAAAGAAUCAAAACAAACACCACCAAGUAUGUUUUUGAUGAGGGAAUAACAUUUAUAACAUAAUAUUCUCAUACCCCCUGUUAAAAUAAAAAACAAUAUUAAAACAAAAACACUCACAUUGGUGACAAGUAGAAGCCACAGCAGCCAUUUGUGUUUCCUAAUUGACCCAUAUAGUUAUAAACAAAUAUGGAUUUAUUGAGUAAUGGCUUACUACAAUUCUUUUCAAUUGUCUUCAAUUGUUUUUGUGCAUUUCUCUGAUCAGAAGUAAAGUUCUCAUAACUGUUUGUUUCACAGGAUUUGGUCCUUUCUGCUCAUCAUGCCAGUUGUUUCUUAUUCCUUCCUACAGAUUGCAAACCCGUUUGCUGCCAUACCAUCCUCUGCUUUUUUAUUUUACAUAAUCUGCUUAUGCCAUGUCAAAUUGUGCUGUCGGUAUUAAUGCUGAAUUGUCGUUGUUGAACUGUCAAGCCAAUAUUUUUCUUCAGUUAUUCCUGAAAUUGUCUUCCAAAUCAAACAUUUUCUGUCAGGUGAACCUCAGUACUUUGCCUUUUCAUGUUGCUAUGAAUAAAUUAGAACUGCAAAGAGCAUUUGCGGUAAAAAUGUCAAAUGUAUUCAGUGCCUGGUGGCCAUUUACCUAACAUACUGUAGAUUUAAAACGGCUUUGCAAGUAUUUCUAUAGUGCUGUCUUGAGUAUUUUCAGGCACUAUCACCAAGAUUUGACUGGCGAGACCUUUUGUCUGAUAAACUUGAAGCCAAAUCGAACAGAAAACUAAUCUUUUUCUCCAGCAAACAUAUUACUGUAUUGCUUAUAUAUAUAUAUUAAACUCUAAACAUGUUUAUUUAUAUGGUACUAUGAUGACUCUAAUGAUGAUGGUUUGUUGGAAUCAGAUUGUUUUUUGGUGGAUUUUUAUACCCGGCCGUCUGUUGCCCUUCGCGAAGUGCAUAAUCCCAACCUGAUGAGGAAAUGUGAAAAAAUGUCUACUGACUGUUUUAUUAAGUGGUAAUCCAACAGUUUUUAUUUUAUUUUACAAAAAAGUUGUAAACCUUGUAAACAUCAGGAUGCCAAAGAGAUCAGAUGUCUGUAGUUCACUACUGAGCUGAAAGUCCUAAAAUCACGGAAACAUGUUUUGUCUGAGAGUUUAAUGAGAUUAAAGCGUUUUCAUUUGAUUUAA